CCUGUAACACCUUUUCUUUCAAGAACCUUAAGUCAAUUUUUGCCAAAAACAAGCACGAAAUCAAGCAUCUCUUUAAAACAAUUAAAAGGAAUUGGGCAGUUAUUUACUUGAAAUGUUUUCGUUGUGACCAGCGAAGCAUUGAAAACAAAGUACCAGCAGGCACGGAUCGCAUCACUCGUUGUUCAACAUGGCGCCCUCCAUGGCGCAAAAGUCGCUUAUUCCAAAGCGCUAUAUCUUAGCCUGUUUGAUCUUUUGGGGUUUCUUCACCAUGUACGCGUUGAGAGUAAACCUAAAUGUGGCGAUAGGAGCGAUGGUUAAGCCUCAUGUGGUAAUGGUGGAAGGGAGAGCAGUGAUUAAGAAACCCGAGUUUGACUGGUCUUCAAGAUUACAAGGGGUCGUGCUCGGUUCGUUUUACUAUGGAUACGUUGCGCUACAGCUAUUGGGCGGCUGGCUUGCCAUCAAGAUAGGAGCGACACGACUUUACGGAGCCGCAAUUCUCGUAGCAUCGUUGCUAACGCUAUUAACCCCACUAGCAGCACGCGGCAGCCCGUACCUACUUGUGGCCCUGAGAAUGCUUGAGGGACUGGUACUAGGCGUUAUGUUUCCAUGCAACCAUGCCAUCUGGAGUAAGUGGGCACCAGCGAUGGAACGAGCAACUCUCCUAACUAUUAGCAUUGCUGGUUGCACGGUGGGAAGUGUAGCUACGAUGCCUAUCACUGGGAUGUUAACCAAGUACGGCUUUGAUGGCGGCUGGGCUUCAGUGUUUUACUGCUUUGGUGCGUUUGGAGUGCUGUGGUACAUUAUGUGGGUAUUACUGGCGUAUGAGACUCCAUCUUUUCACCCGUCAAUAUCUGAUGAGGAAAGGGAGUUCAUAGAAGAGACCGCUGUCCACGCCAGUGAGCUCAGCGGCGGCGUGCCGUGGAAAGAAAUUUUAGGGUCCAAAAGAGUGUGGGGCAUAGCGGUAGGUGCGUUCGCUGGCGAUUGGGGCCUCUACGUGCUGUUGAUUUGUGUCCCUCUGUACCUACUUGACGUCAUUCACUAUGACGUACAUCAUAUGGGUUUUGUAGCCGCGACGCCUUUUCUGCUAAAGGCAAUCUCAUGCCCCGUGGGGGGAUGCGUAGCCGAUAUGUUGCGAAGACGAGGGUACCUCCGAACAAUAUCAGUACGAAGGCUGUUCUACUGCGCAGGCGCAACAGCAGGAAUGUUUAUCGUACUGUCCGGGUACAUAGCCCACCCGGUGUAUGUCGUCAUCGUAGUCGGACUAGCAGGCCUGAUGUCCGGACUGAUAUACCCCGGCUUCCAGGUGAACAUGCUGGAUAUAGCCCCGCGAAACUCGUCAAUCAUCAUGGGAUUGUGCAAUACUAUUGGUGGAACAACGGGCUUUAUAACACCCAUGAUGGUCGGGUUCAUGACAAGAAAUAAGACCGCUGAGGAGUGGCGGUUGGUGUUCUGGACCACUCUUCUCGUCUACAUUAUUGGAGCUACGGUCUUCUGUCUUCUUGUUUCGGUGGACAGGCAGCAGUGGGACAAGCCUAAAGAGCCGAACACACAGACACCAGUAAAACGCGGCCUGGAGGAGGUGUCCAAUGAUAGUAUUGAGCUAAGCGAAGACGCAGAGCUCAACAAGAAACAGUGAGCCAAUAUGGCUGUGCAACCACUCCGUGGAACGCAGCGACGUAGCCAGGAUUUUUAACAGGAGGGGGUCCAAAAGGGAGAAUUUCUCCUGUAUUUUAGUCUUAUACAUUUACUGUAUUUUUGGCUGCUUAAAGGGGGAGCCGGGCCCCCUAGGACACCCCCUGGCUACGCCCCUGGAACGAGGCCUGAAGAAAGUGUCCAAUGAAAGUGUGGAGGGAAGACGCAAAGCUCAAUAAUACACAUUGAGCCGAAUGAAAAGUGAGCCAAUGUUGGUUGAUUGAUUGAUCCCAUAUGCUAAAAACUAUAAAGCCUCGUGCAAUCAGCACCAACGAGAAAGGAAAUGCAAGCACGUCCAAAACCUGGUGUACAAACCAGCUUUGCUAGGCUAGCGUCUUGUAAUGCUGGCGCUGUUUGCGUCGGGAAUUCGUCGGCAAUUCGAGCGCCUCCCGCGCCAGACCCCUAGCAACUCGCCUUAUCAAUCAGCUGUGAAACGCAGCCUGUAAAGUGUCUAAAGAAAGAGCUAUCUCGAGAGAAACUAUUACUGUCAACAUCAGUAGACAUAAGGAGCGCAAGAAAAUAUCAAGAAAGUCACAUAAAUUAACUCUCAGCCGACUUCAAAAUUAUUAUUUCUAUUGCAUAAGUCUUUUUACAUGCUGCUGAGCGGGACACACACACACAAAAAAGUAUUUUUGUACGCAUUUUUGUAUCAAUAAAAUAUCAUAUUAUAUCUA